AUGGACAUCAGUUCCAUCGUCUUACAGAAGUCGAAGAUGGAUGGAGAUGGAGAUUCUCCCCCACCCCCUGGUCAACCUCGAAAACGUCGCAGGCCAGCCCUAUCCUGUAUACAAUGUCGACGUCGGAAAAUAAAAUGCGAUCGGAAUAUGCCAUGUGGUCAGUGUAUAUCAUCCAAGACAUCAGCUUGCCAAUAUAGCUCCGAUCCAGCUCCCCAGUACAAACGAUCCCGCGUUAAUGGAAAUGGUCUAUACCCUGUUACACCUUCAACUGUGGAUCAAGACAGUCUUGGAAGUGCUACCAAUGCAUCACCCAACGUUGGUGGUGUUACUGAUGGUAUGACCAAUAGGAUACCCAUAGUUUCUAGAACCCUUUGGGCCGAUAGCACACCUAUUAUUGAAGGGCCACUACCAGUUCGAGGACAGGCCGUUGUACAAUAUGAAAAGACUGCAGACCCAUCUGUACAAGCUCUUUUGAACAGAGUACAUAAGUUAGAACAGAUCAUAUCUGAUUCCGAUGCUCUGAAUUCUGGCCCAGGUCUAAUCAGUUCUUCAAUCGUUAAAGGACCAAGCCUAAGGGGUAGUCUGUCCAAGACCAGAUUCUUUGGACAGAGUCAUUGGAUGAAUUCAUUUGAGCAAUUUAAACAUAUGUCCAACUUCAAAGAGCUUGGACCGCUAGGCAAAGGCGGGGAGGUAUUUGAUCUCUUGAACAAAUGCAAGGCAUUGGGCAGAAAGGCAAAAGAAUAUCAAAGUGCUGAAUCAUCGAUACCUAGUGGUUAUCGCGAUUUUGUCCCGGAGAAAGAAAUAUCUGACCGUCUCGUGAAUGCAUAUUUUCGAACAUUCGAAUCCGUUUAUCGCGUAUUACAUAUCCCUACAUUUGAAGAGGAAUAUGAAUCAUACUGGAAGAAUCCCGCUGCAGCGAGUAUGGCUUUUGUCAUAAAAUUGCUCCUCGUGAUGUCCAUUGGUACAUGUUUUUACGAAGAUCCUAUACUUCCCACUUCUUUAUGUCCUAAGGCUCAGCAUUGGAUUGCUGCAGCUCAAGCCUGGGUCUCAGCGCCAUCGGAAAAGCAUCGACUCAAUAUUGUUGGUCUUCAAAUACAUUGCCUACUUCUUAUAGCUCGUCAGGUAAACUCGGUUGGCGGCGAUCUUACUUGGAUUUCUGCCGGAUCCGUUUAUCAUUUAGCCAUGUGUUUGGGCCUUCAUCGUGAUCCGGUACACUUUCCCAAAAUGGGACCAUACCAUGCGGAGAUGCGCCGGCGACUUUGGGCAACGGUUUUGGAACUUUCCCUUCAAUCCAGUCAAGACCUUGGAAUGUCACCGUUGAUAAGUAUACAAGAUUAUGACACUGAACUACCAGCAAACAUCGAUGAUUCAGACAUUAGUGAAUCCACCAAAAAAGUACCGACAUCAAAGUCAGUAACGACUUUCACUCGAUCUUCUAUUCAAAUUUCUCUCAUGAGAUCUUUCUGUACGAGACUCGAGAUAGCAAAAGCCAUUAACAGUUUUAGAAGCGAGACUUCAUACGAAGAAACGCUACGCCUAGGAACUACACUCUCCACAGCUAGUCGUUCCAGCUCAGCAUUACUAAAGUCCUUCCUCACAUCCAAUUCUGAGACAAAGCCAACCCCUUUUCAAAUUAAGAUUCACGACUUCUUCACUACUCAUUUCCUGUUAGCCUUACACAGACCUUACUCAAUUAAAGCAAAGGUCAAUCCCACCUAUUAUUUUUCUCGAAAGGUUUGCCUAGAGACAUCUUUAUCUCUACUUGCACCAGCCAUAUCACUUCCAGAGCAAUCAAAAUCAUCCCAGCAUGAUGAUUGGACUCUGCUCACCUGGACUGCAUCCGGUCUGACCAAGGGAAAUUACAUUCAUGCAUAUAUAGGCCUUGGACUGGAAUUGAACCAACAACUCGAGGAAGAUCCUCCGCUUCCGCUAUCAAUCGUUGCACCACCGCCUCAACAGGUAGAGAUUCUACGAAUAUUAAGUGGUGGCCGUGAUUGGUCUACUAAUAGAAUAAUGAGAGGCGAUACCAAUAUUAAAGGACAUCUUUUCAUAUCAUGUCUUUGUGGUCAAAUUGAAGCGUUGCAGAAAGCUACCUCGACGGAAGAGGGAAUGAUAACCGAGGCACGGAAGAGUGUUGAGCAUUGCUUACAGUUGAUGAAAGAUAAGCUCAAGGAUCAAGAAGCAAAAAUAAACGCCGAAAUGGAUCGUAAUCUAUCCUUAGAUGCUGGUCUUGAUGCCGUUGAUUGGAAUGCAGUGAUGCAAGAUCCAGCUGUGGGCUUUGAACUUCCAGAUGAAUGGGUUUUCUCUGGAUGGGAGGAUUGUAAUCUUUGGAUUUAA